AUGGCGCAGCCGGAGCACCUCUCGCUCGCGGGCCGGCGGGUGGCAUUCACGACGCCCCAGACCACCGACGGCGGCGGCGGAUACGGUGGCCGGCUCGGCACGCUCCUGCGGCAGCGAGGCGCGCACCCGUUCGCCGUGCCCACCAUCGCCAUCCGCGCGCACGAACCCGACCGCCUCCGCCCCUACCUCCUGCCCGGCGCGCUCGACCCCUUCGCGGCGCUCGCCUUCACCUCCCGCUCCGGCAUCGCCGCCUUCUCCCGCGCCCUCCCCUCCACAUCCGCCCACCUCCCCCUCUCCGACGCCGCCUCCGCGCUCCCCUUCACCGUCGCCGCCCUCGGCAGCGACGCCGACCUCCUGGACGGCGCCUUCCUCGCCCGGCUCUGCCGGGACGCCGGAAGAAGGGUAGCCGUCCUCGUCCCGGACGUCCCCACCCCGGCCGGCCUCGUGGAGGCGCUGGGGCGCGGGUCCGGGCGCCGCGUGCUCUGCCCCGUCCCCGACGUCGACGGCCUCCGCGAGCCGCCCGUCGUCCCCGAUUUCCUCGCCGGGCUCGAGGCGGCCGGUUGGGUGGCCGUGCGCGCGCCCGCCUACACCACGUGCUGGGCCGGGCCGGGCUGCGCCGAGGCGCUGGUGGCCCCGGACGCCGCCGCGCCCGACGCCGUCGUGUUCACCAGCUCCGCCGAGGUGGAGGGCCUGCUCAAGGGCCUGGACGCCGCGGGGUGGAGCUGGGCGCGGCUCAGGGCACGGUGGCCUGGCAUGGUCGUGGCCGCGCACGGGCCGGUCACCGCCGAUGGCGUCAGGAGGCUCGGCAUUGAGGUGGACGUUGUGAGCUCCAGGUUUAGCAGCUUCCAUGGGGUUCUAGAUGCUCUCGCUGCAACAUUUUGUUCCCAAAAUCAGCUGCAGGUCUAGUGUUGGUUUGCGUUCAUUUGAUAGGCCGAAAAUUUGAUUUGCCAAUAGGAACAAAAUGGUGCG